CCGGUGAAUCCAGGCUGUGAUAUAUUCAGCGUUGUGCCGUCAACGUCGGAAACCGAAGAAUUUUCUUUCGACGUUGAAUGUAGCUCGGCGCCUAUUCUCGACGUUUUUCAAAUUAGUUCGGAACGCCUGCGUGGGAAAUCGGCGUCCACGAAUGGCGCUCCCUCUUCAAAAACAAACGAAUUUGGCAGCAGCAGCACGUUCAAUGAUGCGGACAAAUUCCUGGUGCUGAAAGAAGUUCUGCAACGUCUCGACCUCAAGACGAAGGACCAGUUGGACCGAUUGCUGUCGUCAUCAUCGGGAAAACGCAGUCCGCGUGCCGCCGACGAAGAUGAACGCGCCCAACUUCUCACUCUGUCCCUGGAAGAUUUCCACGCGCGGGCGCAUUGUUGUCGAUUGGGCGCCACGGCGCCGGCAGCCAUGAAAAAGGCUCCGAAAACUGGAGACACCGUCAUCCUCGUCAAGUAUACAGCCAAAUUGCGCGACUUGCUCGGAAUUGAAGUUGUGAGAAUUCCUUGAAGUUUCUUCUGUAGCUUACGGUUGAUGGUGGCGCCAUCUUGUUUUGCUCAGGUUUGUGUAGCUCGUGGAUUGUCCGAAAGUCCAAAGGAAUAAUUCAUGAUCCCCAAAAACAAAUCGCAACGAACUGAAUCUGAAUGCCAAAAAUUUUUGCCGGCGUAGGUGAAUGUGGGAUAUCCAAAAUGUUUUCGUGCAGUGAG